CCUGUGCCCUAUGAGGACAGCCACAUCCCCACCGCAGAUAACGGCCGCGUUGUGGCUUCUCCUCAUUGCCCAACUUCAGGGCCAAUAAAAAGGUGUUGGGAGCACGGGGUGGGAACAGGGUGAGGAUGCUGAGCUGCUGGGUGCUGGUGCUGGCGCUGCUGGGGGGGGUCUGUGCCCUCCCGGCCCCUCUGAGCUACCCCCAGGCGCUGAUCCAGGCUGUGGACACCUACAACCAACGGCCCGAGGUGCAGAAUGCCUUCAGGCUGCUCAGCGCCGACCCCGAACCCGGCCCAGGCAUUGAUCUGAACACGCUGCGGGAGCUCAACUUCACCAUCAUGGAGACCGAGUGCGUCCCCAGCGCACGGACACGCAUCGAUGACUGCGACUUCAAGGAGAACGGGGCCAUCAAGGACUGCUCGGGGCCGGUGACCAUCCUGCAGGACGCACCUGAGAUCAGCCUGAACUGCAGAGACGCCUCGUCGGAUCCCGUCCUCGUCCAGCGGGGCCGGUUUGGCCGCUUCCUGAAGAAGGUCCGACGCUUCAUCCCUAAAGUCAUCAUCGCCGCCCAGAUCGGCUCACGCUUUGGCUGAGUGAAUAAAUGGGGCCCGUGUGAGGCCACCAAGUGUCA